AUGGCCUCGGGUCAUCGUGGCGCCUCCGCGGGUCCGUCCCGCGACAAGUCGUACUUUGAGCAGCAGCGCGAGGCUCUCCUCGGCGACAUUGCCAUGAGCUUUGAGCAGGUCCUCGGCAACAUCAACAAGCUCAACCGCUCGCUAGAGUCCAUCAUCGCGGUGGGCAACGAGUUCUCGUCGGUAGAGACGCUGUGGUCGCAGUUUGAGAACGUCAUGGGAAAAGACGAGACGGCGACGAAGCCGGGUGACGAGGAGGAGGAGGAGGAGGAGGAGGAGGAGGGGGGGGGAGAGCAGCAGCAGCAGCAGCAGCAGGGGCGGCGGCAAGGAUCAGGGUCGGCGUCGAGGGGAGUGAAGCGGGAGGCGCAAAGCGAUGCUGAGGAGUGA